CGCGUGUGCCAGCAGGGUGUGCGCGAGGGGUAACCGGAGUACCGUGGGGACACGUGAUCACGAUCAGGCGGCUCCCACCCCGCGCCCACCGGUACCGGCCGCUCUCUCCGCUCUCCUAAGUACAGCCAGUGGUCUACCUCGGUACAGAUCUGUGGGGCAUAGCCAAUUAGCUGUGGGGUUUACCCUAUGGCUUGUUGUCAGACCAGACCUAUUCAUGCAUGACUGCGCAUAACAAGGAUUUCCCCUUGCAGCUUAAAGAGUUGAAGAUGUUAGGAGGGGAUACAGACAGGUAGACUUGCUUUGCAGAAAUACGAGGGGUGCGCAAUAUGUUUCCUGAUCAGAUACCACCGCCACAUCGUAAUGGUUUAUUGAGUCUGACCUCAUAAGUACUUUUCAAAAAACUGACUUUAAGCUUUGCUUCUUAUGGUGUACCAGGCCCAGCGAAUAUGUAUCUGGGUAGAAGUCCGUUGUGGGUGAGAAGGGCCUCUGAGUAAUACUAUUUAAUAUUCUGGCAACAAUAAAACAGACUUGGAACUAGAGAACUGGUUGUCGUCUCAGUGCACAUACAUUUUCUUCAAGCCAAGUCAUAAAGUGGCUACUGACGCAAAAAGAAAGAAAAAGAAAAGCUUCUGAAUAUCGCAUUUUUUCUAAAUAUCGGUCUUCAUUUACCCUUACUAUGGAUUUAUUGCACCAAUCCUGAUGACCGCAUACAUGGAAGUUGCAUAGCUGCAAACGGGAAUUCUGACUGUCACCAUCCAUGUCUCUCCACUGUGCUGUCUGCUGAUACAGAAUGUGAAAACAUUUGCCUCCUCACACAGUCUAGCGAGUGUCCAUGAAGUAGCAAGCUGGCUUUUGGAAAUGAAUCAGGAACUGCUGUCUGUGGGCAGCAAGAGGCGACGUACUGGCGGUUCUGUGCGAGGUAAUGCUUCCUCCAGCCAAGCAGAUGAGGAGCAAAUGAACAGAGUGGAGGAGGAGGAGGAACAGCAGCAGCAUCCUAGACAGCAAGAGGAAGAUCACAUAGAGUUGAAUGGCGAGGUGGGUGGCCCUGGAAGUGUGGAGAGGAGGGACCCCCAGCCGGAGUUAUUGGAGGAAAACAAUAACAGCUGUGUUGUAGCAGAUCAGUCUGAGGACCAUCCUGAGGACAAUGAACAGCAAGAGGAGGAGGAGGAUGAAGAUCAUGUUUGUGAUGAUGAAGAUGAAGAAGAAAUGGACCAGGACAGUGAUAACUUUGAUCAGUCCGAUGACAGCAGUAGGGAGGGUGAACAUAGAAAUGGCAGCGAUAUUCCUAAUUCCAAUAGUAUAAUGGACAUGUCCCACCACCAAAAGUCCUCUCUUUUCCACACAAAAACAAAGAUGAAGAGAAAGUUGGACCAUGGAUCCGAGGUCCGUUCUUUCUCUUUGGGAAAGAAGCCCUGCAAAGGCUCCGAAUACACAAGUACUGCAGGUCUUGUGCCAUGCUCAGCAACACCUACAACAUUUGGAGACCUAAGGGCAGCAAAUGGGCAAGGUCAGCAGAGGCGUCGAAUUACAUCAGUGCAGCCUCCCACAGGCCUUCAAGAAUGGCUCAAGAUGUUCCAGAGCUGGAGUGGACCAGAAAAGCUGCUAGCUCUAGAUGAACUAAUUGACAGUUGCGAGCCCACCCAAGUAAAGCAUAUGAUGCAAGUUAUUGAGCCCCAGUUUCAACGGGACUUUAUUUCUUUACUGCCUAAAGAGUUGGCGUUGUAUGUUCUCUCGUUUCUUGAACCCAAGGAUCUUCUGCAAGCAGCACAGACUUGUCGGUACUGGCGAAUCCUGGCUGAAGAUAACCUUUUAUGGCGAGAAAAAUGCAAAGAAGAUGGCAUUGAUGAACCGUUACAUAUAAAGAGAAGGAAGGUGCUAAAGCCAGGCUUCACGCAUAGUCCAUGGAAGAGUGCAUAUAUUAGACAGCACAGAAUCGAUACUAACUGGCGACGAGGUGAACUAAAAUCUCCAAAGGUGCUAAAAGGCCACGAUGAUCAUGUGAUAACUUGCCUCCAGUUUUGUGGCAACCGAAUAGUUAGUGGUUCUGAUGACAAUACUUUAAAAGUGUGGUCAGCAGUUACUGGCAAGUGUCUCCGAACGCUGGUUGGACAUACGGGUGGAGUCUGGUCAUCGCAAAUGAGAGAUAACAUCAUUAUUAGUGGUUCUACAGAUAGGACGUUAAAAGUAUGGAAUGCAGAGACUGGGGAAUGUAUACACACUCUUUAUGGCCAUACCUCCACAGUCCGCUGCAUGCAUCUACAUGAAAAAAGGGUGGUGAGCGGGUCACGAGAUGCUACCCUUCGUGUCUGGGAUAUUGAGACAGGCCAGUGCUUGCAUGUUCUUAUGGGACACGUAGCAGCUGUUCGCUGUGUUCAGUACGAUGGACGGAGAGUAGUUAGUGGGGCUUACGAUUUUAUGGUAAAGGUCUGGAAUCCAGAGACUGAAACCUGUUUACACACACUGCAAGGCCACACAAAUAGAGUCUAUUCCUUACAGUUUGACGGCAUCCAUGUUGUGAGUGGAUCUUUGGAUACCUCAAUCAGAGUCUGGGAUGUGGAGACUGGGAAUUGUAUUCACACCCUUACUGGGCACCAGUCGCUAACCAGUGGUAUGGAACUAAAGGACAACAUUCUUGUCUCUGGAAAUGCAGAUUCUACUGUUAAAAUAUGGGACAUAAAGACAGGACAGUGUUUACAAACAUUGCAAGGUCCCAACAAACAUCAAAGUGCUGUGACUUGUUUACAGUUCAACAAGAAUUUUGUAAUUACCAGCUCAGACGAUGGGACUGUAAAACUGUGGGACUUAAAAACGGGUGAAUUUAUUCGGAACCUGGUCACAUUGGAAAGUGGUGGAAGUGGAGGUGUUGUGUGGCGAAUUCGAGCUUCCAACACAAAGCUUGUGUGUGCUGUUGGUAGCAGAAAUGGGACUGAGGAGACAAAGCUGCUGGUUCUGGACUUUGAUGUGGACAUGAAGUGAAGGCUGGGGAGAUCCAUUUGUCCAAAUUUCUAGACUCAUAAACCCACCCCUCUUUUCUGCCUCCUCCUUCUUACCCAGCCGUUCCCUCCAAAAAUAUCCAUUGGCCUCGGUGAAACAGGAUUUAGGCUUGGGGCAACAUAACGCAAAGACCUACACAUGUUGGAUGAGAAGACAUCUUGUCACAAAAUGACUUCCCGUUUUGACGUGGGCUACCUUUUUCUUUUGCAAAAAGGAGGACUCUCAAAAUCAAACCAGGUGCAAUUAUUUCUAAAUGUCUCCAAUUGGUCACUAAAGGCAGCACCAGUAGUUUCUUGUUAUUUGGUGAACUGUCCUAAAAGCUAGACCCUGAUAAAUCGCUGGUUGACUUGGAAAGAGAGCAGUUGAAACAAAGUCAUUUUCUGGUUUUGAAAAUGCUGAAAACUUAACUGUGAAUUGUUUUUGUACAGUUUUAUCACUUUUUUUUUUUUUUUGCCGACUAUUGCCAAUGUCAAUCAAUCACAGUAUUAGCCUCUGUUUCUCUAUUUACUGUUGCUUCCAUCUACACUUUUCAUUGCAUAUGUUGCUCUGGGGUGGCAAGCUUGUCUUUACGUUCUCAGAUGGAUAUAAAUCUUGAUGCUGGUGCUAGCAGUAGGUCUUUAUAAAUGGGAUUGUUGUCCCACAGCUGUACUGUAUUGCCAGUGGCCAAACAUAUUUAUGCUGCUAAAUGAAAGGAGAGAAAAAAAAGCAAGAUUUUUUUUUAUUAUUAUUUUACUGCUGUGACGUUUUAGUCCCAGACUGAAUUCCAAAUUUCUUCUGGUUUGGAUACAGAAAAAAUACUUUUUGCCACUGAAACUUGAAUCCGCUGUGCCUCUAAGAGGCCGAAAGUGGGACAGUUUCAGACGUUAAGAGUGAAGUUUGCUUGCAAAGAAAAAAAAUUAAAUAAGAUUUGAGAGUGUGCAAAGCUUAUUUUCUUGUAUUUGAGCAAAAUGUAAACACAUUCCAUAGAACAAAGCUGUCAUAGCCUGUUCUGUUGGGAACUUUCUUUUUGUUGUGAGGCUGUGGUGAAUGUAACAAAUUUGCAUAACACAACUGACAAAAAUGUUUAAAAAAAAUAAAUAAAAAAAGCAAGAAAAAAAAACCAAACUGAAAAUAAAGUCGAUGGUCAGGCUCAAUAAAUGACAGUAUUUGGGUGGAAAACAACUGUUACAGUUAAUAAGGGCAAGUUGACAAAUGAAGCAGAUGGCAAAAUAGGUUUGUUUUGGGGGGGUUUAUUUUUGCGGUGCGAGCUUCACGGGCAAAUAAACAAAACCAUACAAUUGUCAAAUAAUUUGCCACAUUUUCCAAAAGUCACAACUCAAGCUGAACUGUGAAAAGUUGUUUAACACUGUAUCCUAUGCGAUCUUCUGGAUUUUUUUUUUUUAGACUUUUUUUAUUUUUAUUUUUUUUGUUCCUCCUCAUCCUAUAUUUUUGUUUUAUUAUUUAUAUUCUGGUUUUAAAAUAAUCAGAUUCCAUUUUGUUCAUUUUACAGUUAUGUAACAACCUGAUGUGAUGGAGGAAAACUGUUUAAAGGGAUUGUGUCUAUGGUUUGAUUCACUUAGAAAUUUUAUUUUCUUAUAACUUAAGUGCAAUAAAAUGUGUUUUUUUUUCAUGUUA